AUGUGCUCGCCUCAAAGAUCGUAUCAACUUUCUGUUCACAAUUAUUCUUCUAUAAAUAUUCCAACUUCUGUUAGAAAAUAUUUAGGAUUUGGUACAAAGUUUGUUCCUAAACCCAAAGCAAAUCCUCGCUUAAUUUUACCAAGCGUAGAAGACUUUACAAGACGCAUUCGUAUUAAGGAAAUUUUCAAAGAUACUCGUGAUAAUCCUGACUUUGAUAUUAGAUUCCAUGUCAAAACCUCGACUUGGAAACCUAAUCCUUCCUCAAAUACCUUGAUUGAAAAAGGGCUUAGACUUGUAAAAAGUAAUGUCAUGCCUCUUAAUCAUCCUACACAUUAUCAAGUUUAUAAUAAUAGACUUAAUGAUAUUGUACCCAAGUUCUUUAAGGAAUUUAUUAAUAAUCCUGAUAUACUCAUUAAAGCUUCUGAUAAAAAUCUUGGACUCACUGUUCUUGACACUAGCUGGUAUAUUCAAGAAGGACUUCGACAAUUAAAUGACCCCCGCUUCUAUAAGCAAUUAGACAAAAAUUUCUUUUCUCCUGAAAAUUUUGAUUCUAAUAUUCAGAACAUUGUUAGUACUGCUAAUAGUUUAUUAUCUUUACUAUGUUCUCAAUGGGGUACAUCCAUCUUUAAUAAACAGCAUGAGAAAUAUCUUAGGCAUCGACUCCUUAAUGAUAGAAAGUUACCUACCUUUCAUCUGCUGCCAAAGAUUCACAAGACACCUAUGCAAGGUCGUCCUAUUGUUCCUUCUCAUAGUUGGGUCACGACUGGUUUCUCUACUUAUAUUGAUACAGUCUUACAAAAAGUACUUCCACACUUGCCCUAUAUUAUUAAAGAUACUAAAUCCCUUGUUAAAUCACUUGAUGGAAUUUCUAUUCCUCAAGACGAAAGACUUUUAUGGCUAGUUACUGGUGAUGUGUCUUCAAUGUACACUAAUCUACCUACUACCCCAUAUGCUUUCGAUGUUAUUGCUAAAACUGUUGACAAAUAUCUUCCUCUUUCUCCAAAUGAUACUACCCUUAUCAGAGAAACACUCAAGUUUGUCAUGAGCAAUAACUAUUUUACUUUUCAAGGAAUACCAUAUCAUCAGGUCUCAGGUAUUGCUAUGGGUACUGCAUGCGCUCCUGCUUAUGCAAAUAUCUUGAUGCAUCAUUUCGAAGAACGUUUCUUUGAAUUUAAUCCUGAUUUUACUCUGAUCUUUUAUGGUCGAUAUAUCGAUGAUAUCUUUUUCAUGUUUAAAGGUUCUGAACAAGAACUUAAAACUUUCUUGACUACUUUUGAUACCAAACGUGCUUUUAGUAAUCAAUUAAAGAUAUCUUGGGAUUAUUCAACUACCUCUGUUAGUUUUCUUGACCUUCAAAUUCAUGCAAAACAUAAUAAAGUUGAAUUAUCCACACAUCAGAAAAUGCUUAAUAAAUACUUGUACAUUCCAUUCUCUUCUUAUCAUCCCAAAGAUAAUAAAGUUGGUUUUAUUAAAGCUGAACUGAUCAGAUAUAUUCGUAACAGCUCUUCCUAUCGAAGUUUUGCUAACACUGCUAAACAAUUUUUUACUCGUUUACGACUCCGUGGUUACCCGCCACGAUUCUUAAUCUGGGUCUUUAGCCAAGUGCGUUACGAUGACAGACCGAAAUAUCUAGAAGAUGCUCCUCUUAGUACAGAUAAUACUCUUGUUCCUUUUGUUACAAUGUAUAAUCCUAUUUGGGAGACUCCACAUCUUCGUAAAGGACUUAGGGAAUUUUUUACUUUAAAUCCACACUACAGACCAGUAGUUGCUUUUAAAAGAAAUAAAAACAUAGCUGAUUUAUUAAAUCGUGCCAAUGUACGCAAGUUAACGGGAAAACAGUUCCAUUCAUUACAACAGGAUGGACUUUGUUGGAUUUCGUCUAAAAAACGUAAACCAUAA